UGCACAUAGAUGCAUUUCUCAUUGGACCAACCAGGAAUGACCUGUCUUUUACUAUUGUUUCAUAUACAAUUGGAACGUCAGUAGAUGCAAACAGAAAGACCCUCAACUUGAACGACUAAAACUCCUGUCAUCUGACACCUUCUCCUACACGACCACCAUUAAAAUUGUCUCAACUGUUCUUUUGGUUGGGUUUUCUCCUGGCCACAUCCAAAAUGGCUGAGGCUGACUCCCAGAGACUUGAGCUGUUUAACAAGAUCCUGGGCAGAUGUCGCGAGGACCCGUCCUGUAACCAUUCCCACCUGACCUUCCAUAACACCAGCAUGGUAUACGAUCUGGACUUCCCUGGCGAUGGCUCCCCCUGGCUACGCUCCAUCAUCUCUGUAGUGUACUGCGCCGUGGCCACCGGUGGACUGCUGGGCAAUCUCCUGGUGCUGCACCUUCUCUGCUCCACCCGGACCAUCGUCAAGAGUGCAAUCAACUUCUUUGUGUUCAACCUGGCCCUGGCUGACUUGCUGCUCUCCCUGGCGCUGCCGUUCUGGGCAGUAGACAUCGCACUGGACUACAGCUGGCCUUUUGGUUUGACCAUGUGCAAGGCCGUGUCCCUCCUGACAGGACUCAAUGUCUACGCCAGUUGCUUCUUCCUGACUGCGAUGAGCUUGACCCGCUACUGUUCGGUGGCUACAGCGCUCAAGCCCGCUGCACCACUCGGCCGCAAGCUUUGUGAUUCCCGGGUGACCACCGCACUUAUAUGGGCCGGGGCACUGGUGGUUGCUGCACCGCGUGCCCUGUUCGCCGAUCUCAACAGAGUAGGCAUUGCCAAUGACACUGCAUGCCUGCUCCGCUUCCCUGAAGGUACGAAUUGGCUGGCUGUCAACCACCUCCUGAGGCUUCUGUUUGGCUUCCUGUUGCCCUACUUCAUCAUGAUCGUCUCCUACCUACUCAUGCUGCGCUUCCUCUGCCGGCACAAGCUGAACGGGGUCAACCCACGGCGACAGGUUCAUGUUUCCAAAUCCGUGGCGGUUGUGGUGCUCUCCUUCUGCACCUGCUGGUUCCCGUAUAACGUGCUAACUCUCUGGAGCGCCCUGAUCCAACUGGACCUCACAGAAAUCAGUCCCUCCUACUACUUUGUCCAGACCUACCUCUUCCCCCUGGCAAACUGCCUGGCCUUCACCAGUAGCUGCCUCAACCCUGUCAUCUACUGCCUCGUUCGCAGGGAGUACCGCAAGGCCCUGCGCAGCCUGGUCUUGAAGUCAAGUCUGGCAAUCGCUUCUAAGGUUUGCCUCUCGGCAGUCAACUCCAAUGAGGGCCAGAACCGCGACGGGCAGCUGGGCAUCCCGCUCAACAACAUGGAGAGCCAAACGGCCCAGUGUUACACCAAGAGGUCAAUUCUGCCUUCCACCACUCUAUCGCUGGUUCCAAGUCCCAAGAGCCUCUGUCCUCUCAAUGAUCUCACUUGAGGAGGAUAUCACUGACCCUCAGACAUAGAUUAAUUAAAGCUUCAAUUCAAACCUUUUUUUCCUUUACCAAAGACACAAAGUUGUAUCUAUAUUAUGAUGAAACAAAUGCCUUGUUGCCUUUUGCAUGCAUGUACAAGACAAGGAUGUGGAUUUUUGUAAACAUCACCAGGACAUUCCUUCUUAUUGGCUUUAAAAUUAUGCCAUAGUGGUUUUCUUAAAUUCUACUUAAUUAUGGCAAGGUAAAAAAAAAAAUCUAAUCAGGACACAAGUUAUCAACAUUUAUUAUUGCAUUAUUGCAUCUUGUUUUGAGAUGGAGUGUAAAAUAAACUCUUAAGCCCAAAAAUCUUUAGGUAUUCUUCAGCCCAAAAAUGAUGUUUAUUGCAAAUGAACCCAUGGCUCUCAGCCCAAGAGAUGCAACCUCUUUGUUUUGUUAGGGGAGCAUGGUCAGGCACUCGAGGGGUUGGCAGUGGGCCACUUCCUUUAUUGCUGUAAAUUGAUGUUGUUGGGGACCAUUUUUUGUAGUCUUCUUUAGACUUCUUUGCUAUAUCUAUAUGACUGGCAUUUUGAGUCAACAGUUGACUGCUCUUUGGGCAAACAUUGAUAUGCUUAAAAACCUGGGGAUGGCUGUCUCAGAGUACGAGAGCUGAUCUAGGAUCAGCUCUCCAGUUUUGAUUAAAUAGGACCCACAGUCUUUAAAACUGUGUGUGAGUGAGUAUAUGAUCUUCAAGA